UAGUUUUCAUCAGGCACCUGCCAGCUGUGGAUAGUGGAUACUGAAUAUUAGUUGGUGUUUGUACACUGAAUGAGAUGGUAUGCGUACUAGUGAGGAAGAAAAGGUUGUUCUUUGUAUUAGUCAGUAGCUAACGUUUCGAAAAAAUUCUCAAUGAUGCCAACAACCAUUCCAAUGGGGGGCUUAGGCCUCACUUUAUUAUCUACUUGCCUAACUGCGGGUGUCAUUGCAAAUGCUUAUUACCAAAAGAAACAAUUUUAUCCUUCUGUUGUUUACAUUAUGAAAUCUAAUCCUAGUAUUGUGGCUCUCUACUUGAUGGCAUUCACAUUAGCUUUGCUCCUGGGUAAACUUCUGAAGAAAAUAUUCUUUGGUACUCUAAGAGCAGCUGAGUCAGAGCAUUUAAUCGAGCGUUUCUUCUAUGCCAUUACUGAGACGUGCCUGGCGUUCACGGUCUUUAGGGAUGAUUUCAGCCACAAGUUUGUGGCUCUUUUCACGGUGCUGCUUUUCCUAAAAUCCUUUCACUGGCUUGCGGACUACAGAGUUGACUACAUGGAGCGUUCACCCAUCAUCACAAGACUGUUCCAUAUCAGGAUAGCAUCGCUCUUGGCCCUGCUGAGCACCAUAGAUAUCCUGCUGGUACGGCACGCCUACUACUCCACCAUGUCCAUGGGAGCGUCCGUCCAGCUCGUGUUUGGGUUCGAGUAUGCCAUCCUCCUGACGGUUGCCUACAACAUCGGCGUCAAGUACAUCUGCCAUGGCAUUGACUUGCACAGGGAGAACCCCUGGGAGAACAAGGCCAUGUAUCUGCUAUACACAGAGCUUUUUGUGGGUUUGAUCAAAGUGAUGUUGUAUGUUGUGUUCCUGAUCAUUAUGGUGCGCAUCCACACCUUCCCGCUGUUCAUCAUCCGGCCUAUGUAUCUCACCAUGAAGUCAUUCAAGAAGGCGCUACAAGACACACUGCAGAGUAGGCUCGCCAUCCACAACAUGAACACUCUUUACCCUGACGCGACGGCCGAGGAGCUGCAGCAGGCAGACAACGUCUGUAUCAUCUGCCGGGAGGAGAUGAUAGUCAACUCUGGUGUCAAGAAGCUGCCGUGCAACCAUCUGUUCCACGCGCUGUGCCUGCGCUCGUGGUUCCAGCGGCAGCAGACGUGCCCCACGUGCCGACUUGACGUGCUGCGCCCCACGCCCGCCCCCGCCAGACCUGCCGCCCCUGCUGCUCCUCCCCAGCAGCAGAUGCCUGCCCAGGGGGCGCCUGCCAACAUGGUGGAGUUCUUCCAGCAAGUGGCGGAGCACCAGGAACGCGCUCGACAGCGCCUCGCGGCAGCUGCCGCCAGCAGCAGGAAUCUGCAGGCCACUCCUGCUGGAGCUGCAGACCAGCAAGCUAAUCCUGCAGCCCGUGGGGAAGCUCUUCCUCCUGUGCCUCCUCCCCUUCCUUUCCCCAUGAUGGGAGCGCCUUUCCCGGGUUUCCUGCCUCCGCCCUUCCCACCGUUCCCAAUUGUACCUCCUCAUCUGGUGCAACAACCCCAGCAGCAGCCUGGCCCUUCAAGCAGCGGCACCAGCACCUCGACGCCCGUCACUCCUGCCACGGCCUCCACUUCCACCGCCAGCAGUUCCGCCUCUGCCGUACCUGGAGCUGCAGCUGCUGCCAGUCCUGCAUUUUUGCCUCCGUUCCCUGGCAUGUUGCCCCCACCGACAGCCCCAGCAGACUUCGGCCCCUUGACGCUGGAGGAGCUCGUGGCUCUCGAGGGGCGCGAGCGGCGACACGUCGAGGCGCGACUCAAGGCCCUCAGCAACAUCAACGUCCUCGUGCACGCUGCCCUCGUGCAGAUGACGCAAUACCAACAGCUGAUGACGCGGCUUGACUUAGAAUAUCCACUGCCUCCUCCACCUCCUCCUCCUGCUGCUACGACUACUGCAACUCAGGUCACUACUUCGGCUCCGUCUACUGCUACUUCUACUGCCACUACCACAUCUACCGCCUCUACUGCCACUACCACACCUACUGUCACUACCGCCUCUACCGCCGGUGCUACAGACGCGCCUUCUGCUUCUACGAGUGCCGCGGCGGACAGUAGCCAAACGAGCAGCGUCUCUUCCACGCCUAUCAAUUCGGCCGUUAGCUCGCCGUCAUCUGACAGUGACGUGGGGACGCCCGAGGAGAUUCGUCGCCGACGCCUUGAACGCUUCGCGUCGGGCUCCGGCAACUGACUUCACCUCACCAUAAAUGAAUUGACCUGACUUCAUCGCAAGUGACCUGACAUGACCUCGCCUCAACGGAGUAUACCUGACCUCUCGAGUGACCUGGCUUGACAUCUCAUUCUGCUUCUGCUGCAGGAUGAUCGUACAUUCUGCUUCUGCUGCAGGAUGGUCGUACAUUCUGCUUCUGCUGCAGGAUGCCGGUUGUUAGUCAAGUGUCCUUAUGGUCAUUGCAGGUUAUUGGCUAUCACUUACUUUGAUUUCUAGAUCGUGGUUUCCUUCACAGAGUCUUUAGUUCAGUGCAAGAUUAUUAUUUAUCGUAUAUUUUAUACAAUGAAAAAUCAAAUGCAGUGAAAAUGCAAUGCGUCAGUUCGUUAUAAACGAUCUGAGUGAAUAUCUAUGCGGAAGUAUUUGUGUACAGUUACUGUAUUCUGGUUGUUUUGAUUAGUUUACUAGUUUAUUUUCCAAUGUAAACAAUAUCCACAUUACUCUAAGAACCUUAUUUGCUUUCUGCAAAAUAAAACUUAAAUUGAACGAAGACCAUUGCCAAUGGUUGUGCUUGCUGUCAACGUAAUUCUGACGAAUCUUGACUGCUGUCCAAGUAUUACCUUCUUCACCUUAAAUUAUAAUAUUGUAUUUUUGGUUAGCUCAGUAAUGCUGAUUUUCCCGAUUUUAAUAUUUCUUCAGAGAGUCAUAAGGAAUCGAAAACUAGCAGCUGGUGAAUAUCAGCGUCCAGAAUCAGGCAAGUCGAUUUUACGUUGAACCUGACGAAUUAUUCUCAAUCGAGAAGAGUUUCAGACGGUUCAAUAUCACUCAUCAUACGGAGUCAUGCCACUUAUGGUGAAACUGAGAUUAUUUUUUUCUGAUUCGUCAUGGAUAACAGUAAUGUAUGCUUUGUCCUUAUUUUUUGGCCCGAUGUGCUGGAUGCGCGGUCAUUUGGGAAUAUCUUGUUUAUUUCGCCUUAAGGAAAAAAAACUUUCUCAGUAUGAUGUCAGAAAAAUAUUUUACAUAUUAUUUUGCUGGCCAAAUAAUAGUACCGGUCUCUUCUUACUCAAAACUGAAUGAAGAUUACGUCUCGUUAUCUCGCGUUGGACCUCACUUCGAUUUUGAUGCUUUUUUUACAGUUACAUCCUUCAGUAGUUGGACUUUCAUUCGUUUUUUUCGUGCAGGAAUGUUUAAUAUAUACGUACAUUUAAUGUUCUUUAUAUUUUAAAAGGCAAUCUUUUCACCCUCAUCUAUGAUUGAAAUACGGUACUAAUUCAUUUAUAGUGAUCAUUUGAGUGUCGAAGCUAGACGUUCCGUAAACUGUACGGAUUAUCCUGUUGUGGGUGAUUGUACUGUAUGAUUACACUGAUAGUUGCAUAAACCCAUAAAUACACUUCAUUUCCGACGUUUAUGUGUGAGACUGUGUAUCAAUCUUAUGUACUUCAUUUGUUAGAUAAUCUUCGUUUGUCAUAAGUUACCCUUAUUCAGAGUGUUCUUAAUAAAAUAUGAAAUCUACCUUAA